GUGAACUUGCCGAUGUCGUUGAACCGGACAAAGCUGAUCAAGAUUCUGAAGCGGACUCGGAUGAUGCGCGUUGGAAUGGGGAUGUAAAUGUCGAAGGCGAUGGAGAUGACAUAGAUGACGAGGAAAUCGACAACGACUAUUGUCAGGCCUACUUUGAUAACGGCGAAGGUGACCUCAGCGACGAUGCCCUUGGUGGUGACGACGAAGAUGGUGGUGGCAGCAGAUACUUUGACU